AUGCGUCUGUCACCACCAAUUGCAGGGAUUGAGAAAAAUAUUAGACGUAAAUUUAGCUCUGUUAUCACUACGGAACAAAAAACGCUGAAAUUGGAAGAGGAUGGAAACCACGAAGUAGAGGAUGAAAUUGCCAAGAUUCGGCACGCGUUUAAUUUUUUGAAGGAGAGGUUUCUCAAAACACCAGACACAUUGCACGGGAUUCCCAAAAUAGAUCCUAAAGGCAUAUAUGUGAAUAAGAACUUGAGAUUGGACAAUAUACAAGUGUACGGAUUUGACUAUGACUACACAUUGGCGCACUACUCUGCCGAUUUGCAAAGCUUAAUAUAUGAUCUGGCCAAAGAGUAUUUGGUUAAUGAGCUUAGAUAUCCCGAUAGUUGCUUGGAAUUUAAGUACGAUAAUUCAUUUCCAAUUAGAGGUUUGUAUUAUGACAAAUUAAAAGGAUGUCUAUUGAAGCUGGAUUUCUUUGGAUCAAUUGAGCCUGAUGGAUGCUAUUUUGGAAGGCGAAAGCUCAGUCGAUCAGAAAUCAACGACUUGUAUGGCACACGACAUAUUGGUCGUGAUCAAGCUCGAGGGCUAGUGGGUUUGAUGGAUUUCUUUUGCUUCAGCGAGGCGUGCCUUAUUGCGGAUAUUAUUCAACAUUUUAUUGAUGCCAAACUGGAAUUUGAUGCAUCUUAUGUUUAUCAAGACGUGAAUCGAGCAAUUCAGUACGUGCAUCGAAGUGGUUUAGCUCAUCGGGGGAUUCUGUCUGAUCCGAAGAAGUACUUAGUAAAGAAUGGACAGCUACUUCGCUUCCUUAGGAUGCUUAAAGAGAACGGGAAGAAACUCUUCUUGUUGACAAACUCUCCUUACUAUUUUGUUGAUGGAGGAAUGAAUUUCAUGUUGGAGCAGGACGCACUAGGCCAGCAAGACUGCUGGAGGGAAUUAUUUGAUGUCGUAAUUGCUAAAGCGAACAAACCAGAAUUCUAUACAUCCGAGCACCCAUUCCGCUGUUAUGAUGUGGAAAAAGACACUUUGGCUUAUUAUAAGGUGGAUGCUUUUUUUCCUAACAAUAUUUACUACCAAGGAUGCCUGAAGACUUUCUUGCAAAUAACUAAGUGGAAGGGUCCUGAGGUGAUAUACUUUGGGGAUCACCUCUUUAGUGAUCUUAGGGGGCCUUCAAAAGCUGGGUGGCGUACGGCUGCCAUCAUUCAUGAAUUGGAGAAUGAAAUACAAAUCCAGAAUGAAGAUAGUUAUCGCCGUGAACAGGCAAAGUUCCACGUGAUACAAGAUCUUCUUGGCAAACUCCAUUCAACUGUUUCCAACAGCAACACGAGCAACGAGUACAAGUCAAUUCUUCGUGAGCUGAAUGACGAGAGGCAGAAAGCACGUGCCGCAAUGAAAGGAAUGUUCAACAAGUCCUUUGGGGCCACAUUCCUUACAGACACGGGCCAGGAGUCUGCAUUCGCAUACCACAUCCACCACUAUGCCGAUGUCUACACCAGCAAACCCGAGAACUUCAUGUUCUAUCCACCUGAAGCUUGGCUGCACGUGCCUUACGAUAUUAAAAUCAUGCCACACCAUGUGAAGGUAUCACCCAACAUGUUCAGAAUGUGA